CCGUGGAUCCUCGCCAACUACGCGGCCGUCCUCGAGGCGUGCGGCUCGAAGAAGGGCCCCGUCAAGGCCGCGGCCAAGGCCGCGUUGGCCGCCUGCGUGCCCGUGCUCCCCGCCGAGGCCGCGCCCCUCGAGCUCCCCUGCCUCUUCAAGGCCAUGGCGGUCGAGCAGCAGUGGCCCGCGCGCGUCGCGGCGCUCGAGCGCCUCACGGCGCUCUGCGCCCUGGCCCCGAAGCAGGUCGCGGCAUGCCUCCCCGGCGUCGUGCCCGAGGUCACGCCCUGCCUCUGGGACACGAAGAAGGAGGUCGCGGCCGCGGCCAAGGCCGCGAUGACGGCGUGCUUCGGUUUGUGCGGCAACCGCGACGUCGAGCCCGUGCUCCCCAAGCUCAUCUCCGCCGCCGUGCGGCCCAAGGAGGUGCCCGAGUGCGUCCACUCCUUGGCCGCGACGACCUUCGUGCAGUCCGUGGACGCGCCGACGCUCGCCGUCGUCGUGCCGCUGCUGUCGCGCGCGCUCGGCGAGCGCGGCGCGGGCGCGACGGCGCUCAAGCGCCAGGCGGCGCUCAUCAUCUGCAACAUGUCGAAGCUCGUCGACGACGCCCGCGACGCCGCGCCCUUCCUGCCCAAGCUCUUGCCGGGCUUGGUGAAGUUGGCGGACGAGAUGUCGGAUCCGGAGGCGCGCGAGGUCUGCGAGCGGUCGGUGGAGCUCAUGAAGCGCCUCGAGGCCAAGUGCUCCGGCCUGGCCAAGGGCGCCGAGGUCGAGACCAAGGUCGCCGAGGCCUUUGGGUCCAAGGUCGGCGCCGCGGCCGGCGACGCGGCCGUCGCCAAGGCCUACGUGCUCGACGUCUGCAACGCGCUGGCGUCGCGGCGCUGCUUCGCCGGCGCCGAGUGGGCCAAGGCCCCCAAGGCCGUCGCCUGGUGCCUCCCCGGCGGCGAGGCCGCCGCGGCCGCGGCCAUGGACGCCGCGGCGGCGAUGAUGGUCGUCGAGGAGGAGGAAGAAGAGGAGGACACGGCGGAGCAGCUCUGCGACUGCAAGUUCACGCUGGCCUACGGCACGAAGAUCCUCCUCCACAACACGCAGAUGAAGCUCAAGCGCGGCCACAAGUACGGCCUCCUCGGCGGCAACGACUGCGGCAAGACGACGUUGAUGCGGUCCAUCGCGAACGGGCAGCUCGAGGGCUUCCCGCCCGCGGACGAGGUCAAGACCGUCUUCGUCGAGGCCGACAUCAUGGGCGAGCUCAGCCACUACGCCUGCCUCGACUACAUCUUCAACGACGCGCGGAUCCAGGCGUGCGGCGCGUCGCGGGAAGACGUCUCCGCGAUCAUGCUCAAGGUCGGCUUCUCGAAGAAGAUGCUCACGGACGCCGUGACGACCCUCUCCGGCGGCUGGCGCAUGAAGCUCGCCCUCGCGCGGGCCAUGCUCCAGGACGCGGACAUUCUGCUGAUGGACGAGCCGACGAACCAUUUGGACGUCAUGAACGUGAAGUGGGUCAAGGACUACAUCAAGGGCCUGACGAACGUCACGGCCAUCAUGGUGUCCCACGACUCGGGCCUGCUCAACGACGUCUGCAACCACAUCCUGGAGAUCAAGGACCUGAAGCUGUCGUGCUUCCGGGGGAACUUGUCGGCGUUCGUCAAGGUGCACCCGGAGGCGCGCGCGUACUUCGAAUUGAAAUCGAACAAGCUCAAGUUCUCCUUCCCGAAGCCCGGCCCCAUCGAGGGCGUCAAGUCCAAGGGCAAGGCCCUCAUCAAGGUCGUCGACGUGUCCUUCAAAUACCCGACGUCGGAGAAGAACAUCAUCGAGAAGGCGACGGUGCAGGUCUCGCUGUCGUCGCGCGUGGCCUGCGUGGGCCCCAACGGCGCGGGCAAGUCGACGCUCAUCAAGAAUUUGACGGGCGAGGUCGAGCCCUGCACGGGCACGGUCUGGGCGCACCCGAACGCGCGCAUCGGCUACAUCGCGCAGCACGCUUUUCACCACAUCGAGAGCCACCUCAACAAGACGCCCAACGAGUACAUCCGCUGGCGCUACGCCGGCGGCGACGACAAGGAGGCCAUCGCGAAAGAUACCAUGCAGCUCAGCGAGAAGGAGGAGGCCGCGCAGAAGCAGCAGAUCGAGUACGUCGUCACGGACCCGGAGACUCUAAAACAGACGAAGUCGAAGCGCGUCAUCGCGCGGCUCACGGGCGAGCGCAAGACCAAUAAGUCGACCAAGGAGAACGACUACGAGGUCCAGUGGAAGGCGCCCUACGACGGCGAGGACCACAAGGUCUACUUCGGGCUGAAGAAGCUCAUCAAGUACGGCUGGGAGAAGGCGGCCAAAAAAGUCGACGUCAAGGUCGCGCAGGCCGCGUCGGGCAUGUUCCGCCCGCUGACGCAGGCCAACGUCGAGACGCACCUCAAGAACGUGGGGCUGGAGGCGGAAUUCGCGACGCACCACCGCAUCUCCGCGCUCUCCGGCGGCCAGAAGGUCAAGGUCGUGCUCGGCGCGGCCAUGUGGAUGCAGCCCCACAUCGUCAUCCUCGACGAGCCGACGAAUUAUCUGGACCGCGAGUCCCUCGGCGCGCUCGCCGACGCGAUCCGCGACUUCGAGGGCGGCGUCGUCAUCAUCUCGCACAACAACGACUUCACGACGGCCUUGUGCCCCGAGACGUGGGUCGUCGAG